AAAAAAAACUGUUGAAUGGAUGAUGGCAUGUGCAUUGGCAGCUACCAUGACUAUUAUUGCUGAACUUGCUACCAUGGGUCCCCAUUUUGAGAAAUACUAUGAAAAAGAACCCCUUAGGAAUUUGUAUUUGAAAGUCAGAAACUUUAAGGAUAAUGUGAUAGUAGGCCAAAGUUGUAUAGACAUGCUUCGAAUGACAGAUAAUUGCUUUCAUCGGUUCGUUCAUAUUUUUAGAGGAACUGGUAGAUUAAAUGACACCAAGCAUUGCAACGUAGAAGAACAAAUAGCUAUGUUCUUGCACAUUUUGGGACACAAUGAGAGAAACCGAGCCAUUGUGCACACCUAUGAGCGAUCCGGUGAGACUGUAAGUCGGUAUUUUCAAUUAGUGCUCGAUGAACUUCUUGACAUGCAAGAUCUUUUUAUUCGUCCAGCAAAGAAUGAAACACCAAUCUAUAUUACAAGCAACAACAAAUGGAUGCCUUACUUCAAGGAUUGUAUUGGAGCUAUUGAUGGAACUCAUAUCCCAGUAUCAGUUGCCCCUACAUAUGAGGGUAGGUUUAGGGGACGAAAGCAAUGGCCAUCGCAAAAUGUAUUGGCUGCAUGUGAUUUUGAUUUGCGAUUCACAUUUGUACUACCUGGAUGGGAGGGUUCUGCUUCAGAUUCUAGAGUAUUAGCAUCAGCUAUUUCUAUGGAGCAUGGGAUUGUUUGCCUUGCAGGGAGAUAUUAUCUUGCAGAUGCUGGUUUUCCUCUUCUUAAGCAUUUCAUUACUCCAUAUCGUGGGUUACGAUAUCAUCUAAAUGAUAUUAGAGAUCGAGUACCUAAUUCACCAAAAGAGUUAUUCAAUCAAAGGCACUCAUCAUUACGGAAUGUCAUUGAACGGACAUUUGGUGUUCUAAAGAAGCGUUUUGGCAUAUUAUGCGCAAGGCCAACAUACUCAUAUGAGAGGCAGAUUGACAUUGUUUUGGCUUGUUGUAUGGUGCAUAAUCACAUUAGGAGAGUGAUGCCAGAUGAUAAUCUAUUGGAUGAAGUGGAUGCUGAUUUGAGUAGGGAAACUAUUGAAGAUGAUGAUCCUAUUGACACACCAUCUAGCAGAGCAGAAGAGGGUCGUGAGGGCAAAAGGAUAAGAAAUGAAAUUACAUACCUCUUGUGGAAUGACUAUCAACUUCAACAUCGUCGUCGAUAUAUCUUUAUGAUGUGAUAUAGUUGUCGUGAAGACGAACUCUGUUUUUGUUAUGAAUAGUUUUUUUUAUUUUUUUUUUAUUUUUUAUUUUGCCGUGUAGGCACGAUACAUACCGAUACGCUACAUAGAAUUUUAGGCCCCCUUUUGCGUAUCGCCGUAUCGUACGUAUCGUAUCGUGCCGUAUCGUAUCGGUACCGAUACGUACGAUACUUUGCGAUACGAACU